AUGUCUUCUUCCGGUUCACAUCAUGAUGUCGACAACGAGGCCCUAGGAGAAUACCUUCGCAAGUCAGGAACGAUACCAGGUCUUCAGCUACCGAUCACCACAACCAAGAUUGGAUAUGGCCAGAGCAAUCCAACCUACUUUCUUGAUGAUGCAGUCGGCGACAGGUUCAUCUUGAGAAAGAAACCUCAGGGCCAGACAAUUAGCCCAGUAGCACAUCAAGUUGACCGCGAGUUCAGAGUUCUUCAAGCUCUUGGUUCUGUUCCCAACUUCCCCGUGCCGCGGGUGUUCAUUCUGUGCACUGAGGAAUCGAUUAUAGGAACCUCGUUCUACGUGGAGAUUGCCAUCACAGAUGCGAUCGGUCUGGAAGGCUACGGCAAGAAGAUUGGAUUCUACGCUCGUCAUUGUAACACUUGGAGCCGUAUAGAGUCUCAGCAAGCUGCGGUCAGGGACAAGAAGACGGGUGAGCUUCUUGGGCGGGCUCACGAGAAUUAUGACGAUAUCAUGUCCUACGUGAGAGAAAACCUUCCCGGCGAACGAUUUUCCAUCGUUCACGGGGAUUUUAAAUUUGACAACUUAAUACUUCACCCUUCCGAGCCAAAAGUAAUUGCGAUCCUUGACUGGGAGCUAUCGACGAUUGGGCACCCGCUCAUGGACCUCGUCUACUUCUUGAGUCCAUUCUUUGAUGACCAUAUCACACCUGGCCGGUCGAUAACUGGCCCUCCUGAAUCGCUUAGGCCAGAGCAUCGACGGUCUAGAGGCAUCCCAGAGCCAACGGAGCUCCUGGAUCGUUACGCAGAAAUCGUUGGCUUCGAUCCGCGCAAAGACGGCGGCGGAAAGGAUUGGGAGAUCGCAGCAAUCUUCCAUUAUGCUCGCUCUGGUACCAUCAGUCACGGUAUACAAGCACGCACGAUGAAAGGCCAGGCCAGCAGCGAGUUCAGCCAUAUUUAUUUCGAGAAUACGCACAAGGCAUUGUCCAAUGCCUUCAAACGGGUACAGAGGCUGAAGGAGGGGAGAGGGCAAGGGCAGAAACUUUAG